AUGCCCGCGGGAAUGAAUAUCGGAAAAGCGCCCGGCCGCUCUCCGGCUGCCUCCUCCCGCAACAUCGCCUUCAUGACGAUGGCCGGCGUGAUCGGCGGCGGCUACGCGCUGCUGCGACACCAGUCGCCAAAAAAGGGGAUCGUCAAGGAAGACGACCUGGCGAAUACCACUGGCGCGACUAAACUGGGUCGGUCGAAGAUUGUCUCGGAGGGGGAUGUUGGGGCGACGAUGGGGAACCCGCCUCAGGGGCAUGGGCAUGUUGGGCGGUCGCCGAGACAGGCGUCGAAUCGGGAGGACUUUUAG